AUGUCCGAGAACAGCAUCAUCCAGAACGCCUUGAAGAUCGAACGUCAAAGACCCAACGCAUACACAGCUAAGAUUGGACAAGACCAGCGAUUUGGUGAAUUCUUGCACGGGGGUUUCGCGGCGUCGUUACUGGUAUACACGGCACUCGAACAUGCAAAGACCACUCUUGGGAAGACCAAAGAGCAACAAGUCAUCUCCUGCCAGGCCCAGUACCUCAAGCCGGUCAACAAGAGCGAAUUGCAACUGCAAGUCGAGCAUUUAAGAGUCGGCAAAGCAAACGCCAGCUUGCGUGUUGUGCUCAGUCAAAAGGGCUCACCAAGCGUCACCGGAGAUGUCAACCUCGUCGACGCCACCGCCAACCGCGGCGUAACAGCCGACGUAGCCUUCUCCCUGAACCCACCUCACCAGCCCGCAGACCUCACCAAGCUCGAAUCAAACACCGACCCCAACUGGGUCCUCUACCACCUCCCCUACAGCGAGAAGAGCCAAGGCCAACCGCUCUCCCACUGGAACCUCUUCUUCACCCGCUCCGGCCCUGUAAACCCCCGGCUGCACGAUAUGUGGUGUACGCUCAACAAUCCCAACGCUCGCAUUACCAAUGCCAUCCUCCCGACGCUCGCGGAUAGUUACCUACGGCAAGCGGACAAUUUCACGCCGAACUCUGAUUUCAGCUACUCGGCUGUAGUGGCCAGGGCGGAGAGAUCUGUUGCUGGCGAUAUCCGGCAGGAUGACCUCGAUAAGACUGUGACGCGGUUCUGGACGGCGACGCAGUCGCUGAGUCUGGAGAUCGUGAAGCAGCUGCCGAAGGAGGGGGUUAAGUGGAUGUUGAUGAGGGCGGAGGCGAAAGCGAUUCAGGAUGGGAGGUUGAUUGUGGAGGUGACGCUGAUGAAUGAGAAGAUGGAGUUGGUGGGGUAUGGUAAGGGAGUGGACAUUUUGAUUCCUGCGCAGCGAUGGGUGGAGGAGAGCAGGAGGGAAGGAGGUGGUGCGAGGAUGAUGAAGAUUUGA